GGGCGAAUAAAAGCCAUCGAAAAUAAAUCAUGUUUUCGGGAAAUUCCCGCUAAUAAAUGGCUCGUAUUUUGCACUUCAAGAGGUGCACAGUGAGCCGGUGCACGGUGGGGCCGUCCUUUCGGCAGCGCUUCCAUGCGCGUUUAGCCGAGCGGAUUGCCGAAUUGGAGAAGCAAGAGGCGGAAAAAGAGAACAAGGACGGUUCUUUAUCUCCCGGCAGCGGUGCAAAAAAGCCCAUCGCAAGUAAAGGCAAAAGCAAGGGCGGCAAGCUUGCGCAGGCAAUACUCUCGCCGAAAAGUAGCGGCGCAGCAGCCGGGGCGGGUAAGAAGAGAGGAGAGUCGUCGCCGAAAUCAGCGUCGGGAAACAAGAAGGAUAAACAUAAGUCGCCCAAAGCUUCAACAAGCCCAAAAACCGGGAGCAAGAAAACUUCUACCCCACCGAAAGAACAGGAGAAAGCGAAGGCAGAAAUCGUUGAGAAAAAAGUAGAAGCUAAGCCGGAUGACCCAGCUAAAACAGUACUAGAGCCUACUACGAACAACAAAUUUGAGGCCAAGCCGCGUGGAGGUGAGCAACAGGUUGUUCCGAAGGAGCGCGCAACCGCGCCAGCCAGCUUUGCGCCGAGAGGCAGGGGGGACGAUGAGAAGAAGGGGUUGGAGCUGAAGAAAGAGAAGGAAGUUGUUUCAGCGAAACCCAAGGAGGAGGAGCAGUCGCAAAAAGCCGAAGACGCACGGAAAGACGCUGAGCAGCGACGGGAGGACUUGAGCAAUGUGUUGAAUAAGUACGGGGACGGUGGGUCAGCGAAAACAAGUACAACAUAUCAAAUGCAAAAAUGUCUGGGUCUGGGAGAUUGCGAGAUUGGCAUGACUCUGAACUCUGUGUUCCAUGGCCGCGAAGAGCUCCUCCUUCCUUUCAUGCAAAAACGUAGUUUCUCAUGCGGAGUACGCAACUCAGAGCCAUGGAAAAAACUUGUCAUGCUUGGCAGCGCAUUAUAGUGAGUUCACCAUUCCAUUUCUUGCAUCACAAGUUUCCAGACCCAGAUAUUUUUGCAUUUGAUACAACAACCCCUGCUACUACCAGCACCGCGCCGCCCACAACCGACGCGGCGGACUCCAAGGUCGCAACCGAGCUCCGCGCCAAGGCGGCAGAGGAUCCUCCUGCGGGAACCGCGACAGGUACUAGAGAGAGCGCAGCAGAGAAAGAAGGGGGAAGAACAAGUACCGCUGGUGCAAAAGCACCAACAGCAGCUGCUGGUGUUUCAGAAAACAACAAAUCCACCACUGCUGCUGCGCCGAAGUUCGCAGCCGCUCCGAGGACAAGUGGCGCAGCAGCGGCUAAGGAAGAAAGGAAGUCUGGUCAACAAGAAGCUGUUGUUUCUGUUCCCACUACAGAACAGCAAGUAGAAUCGAAAAAGGAGGACCAAACACCAGCUGCACCAAAGCCCGAACCUCCGAAAAAGCCCACAGGGUCGCUCGUUGCGGCACUCGGCGCAAACAAAGCAGGGACAUCAACUCCCGUUGCGAAGGCGGUUGCUGUUGUACCUGGUGGAAGCGAGGCGGCAUCCUCGGCUGGUGUAGUUGUACCGGUCGCGAAAGCCGUUGUUCCGGCUAAAGCCGUCGCGGUAGCCACCGAAUUAGCAUCUUCAAAGCCGGUCGUCGGUCCCGCCGCGAAGCAGCAGGCCAAAGCAGUCGUCGGAGUUGGGGCGAACAAGAUGGGGAACUGCGCCACCUCCACGGGCAACAAGGCCUCCACAAACCUGGAGCCGAAGGGAGUCGUGCCCGCGUAUGAACUGCAAAUAUGUCUGGUUCUGGAAGAGUCGGGGCUUGUCAUGCACAUUUUGCAUGACCCAUCAGGUCUGCGAUGCUGGUGUUAGCAUCACAGAUUUUUUGAGAGCUUCUUGAUGCUAAUUACGCAUGGCAAAUGCCCUCUCCGCGUGCCAAGAACUGACUCCUCUUUACUGCUCAUGCAACACAGACAUUUUUAGAAUCCGCAGACAGCAUUACAAGUUCCACUUUGUCAGACCCAGACACUUUUGCAUUUGAUACCGCGGCGGCGGAGGCGAAAAAGGGGGAAGCGGUGGCCGCUCCGAAAAAACAGUUCUCCUGGGAGAAGAAACAGACGAUCAACAAAAAGGACUACAUGCUCAUGGACAGAAAGAAUGAGGUAUUUCUGAUAAUUUGCAUCUGGGCAUAGAAGAUUUCAGAACCAAGAUAAUUUGGUGCGCUCGAUGAAUCCUAUCAAUUGGGUCCAACGCAUGAUAAUUGCUGAGACCUUGAAAAGACACAACUCUUAACCACAGGUAAUCGUCAAAGAGGGCUUACAGCUGCAGCAAUUUCUCGUUGACGGUUGCGAAAACUGCGACAUUUUUGUCCUCGACCCCAUGGCCACAGUGUCUGUCGAUUACAGCAAAAAUUGCAGGAUCUUCAUGGCGCCGGUAUUUUGUUGUUGUUUGUCAUGCGGAAAAAGCAUAGCCAGUGUAAAAAAUGUAGUACAAAAAACAGCUACAGUGCAGUUCCAGAUCGAAUUCUUGACUCACAUUUUGUUUUCGGUCCGACUUUGGUGUGAAUUUUGUCCAUAACAUUUUUGCAGAUCGAGUCCUCGAUUUUCGUUCGCAACUGCGAGAACUGCCAGUUCGUGCUUAUCAGAUGCAAAUAUGUCUGGGUCUGAGAGAUUCCGAAAUUUGUCAUGCAGUUUUUUCAAGCUCCCCCACGUCUAGAAUGCAGGGCCUAGCAUCACAGGUUCUGCAGCCCCUUGGUGAUGCGUGGUCAGCAUGGCCAGAAGUGGGCACCUUAUUCACGUUGAGUACGCAUCACAGAUCUUUGUAGGAUCCGAAACACGCAUCACAAGUUUGGAUCCUUCCAGACCCAGACAUAUUUGCAGUUGAUAGUGCUGUGCGUGCAGCAAUUCCGGAGCCGGGAGUGCACCGACUGCAAGAUCGCGCUGUUCUCGCAAACCGACCCAAUCAUUGAGUACAGCAACAAAAUGGAAUUUUCCUGCUGGCCGAUCUCCUACUUCAGCCUCAAGUCGCACCUGGACGUCUGCAAAAUUAACCCGUACAGCAACAAGUGGAACAAAAUUUUUGACUUCAACAAGAAGGACGACGGCAGUCUGAACUACAGUCUCUCCGCUGCCUACAACGCCAGCCGGGAAAAACUCGCCGAAUUGAUCGACUUUGCAAAGUGUACCAACACCGAGUUUCGGGACGAAAUUUUUCAGUUUUUGGAAAACCCCAACACGUUCGCCGCAAUACCGGUCACCCUGGGGAAAGAUACAGUACUACUAGAGUGCAGAUUCUUUGAAGGAAGUGAAAAACGUUUGUUCAUGUUGACGGAUGGUUUCACUUUCAUCCGUGUUCGCGUUGCUGGUUAAUCUCCGCAUGUGACAAAUUCAAAUUUGAGUUUGAAUUUUGCAAAUUUUUCUUCGACGUCUCACAACAUCAGGGCUCCAAGUUCGACACCAAACCCGAGAACCGCGUCUUCGUGUUAUUCCUCGACACCGCGUAUCAAAUGCAAAAAUGUCUGGGUCUGGAAGAGUGCGCGAUUGGUCAUGCAGCUUUUCCAUGACCCACGAGGUCUGGAAUGUAGGACCUAGCAUGACAGAUUCUGCGCGAUCUCUCUCAUGCCUAUCCUGCAUGAGAAACUCCCUCCCGACUUGGUCAAAACUGGGCGACUUUUGGUAAUCAUGCAACGCAGAUUUUUCCAUGCUUCGGAUUUAGCAUGACAAGUUGCUUUGUUCCAGACCCAGACAUUUUUACAUUUGACACCGCGAAGCUGGAGCUCUUCCUCCAGGCGUUUCACGACAUAUCCUGUGCAAAAGUAUCGUAGUCGUACUAAUUGCAAAUAUGCAUGACAAAUCUCCUUCCUAAGGUAAAACGGCAUUACAAAUUCCUUUUUUCUUCUUGCCAAAAUUUGUGAUGCAAUUUAUACUAGUGCGAUACUCUUGCAAUGCAUACGACAAAAACUCCGGCAAUUACGAGGUGCUGCAGACCCGGGUGCUAGGUCUGGACGAAUCAAAAGCGAAGCAGCUGCAGGUGUUGGACGUAAAAGCGCUGGACUUCGGCCGCGGGGAGGUGCCCUGCAUCGGGUUGGACCUCUGUGGGGAAGGGAUCAACGCGAAGGUAUUUAAUAUUCCUGUUUGGGUUCUUCACACUUCUCAGGAGUGCAUCGAUGAGUAAGGUUAUGCAGUUGUUCACUCGAGUAUUUUGCUACCGCAUGACGGCCCGCUAAUUGUUCGUAUCAUUACCAAGGUCUCCGAUUUCGAGGAGGAGCUAAAGGGGUCCUUUGUCAUCCCGCGCGAGCGGCUUACCGCUUUCGCGGAGUUGUUCUUUGUGACACUGUAUCCACUGCAAAUAUCCCUGGAUGUUGUCUGGAAAGAAUGGGAUCAUUUGUGCAGGACAGGCGUGAGCAAGUCUUUGCGGGAGCUGUGAUGCUAGAGCAUGCAUCACAGGCAUCGUGGCUCCCGUACAAUUGUGCAUGACAAGGGAUUGUGCAUGACAGUUCGCCUUGUUGCGGCUGCUCGCCAUGAAAACAACUACAUUACAUCUCGCCUCACUUUUUUAAGAUGGGUUUUUUCGUACUUCGGACUGUGCCAUAGUAGAUGACUUUACCGCUUUUUUACUGUUCUUUUAUCCCUCAGCGCUGGUGGGUCUGCCGGCAAAGUUAUCCCUACUCAGAUGGCUACAAAGCUCAUCCCGCAGCCGUCCCAGGAGCUCUUGUGGCUGUCUCUCGGUAGUGAUCGCUUUGCCCGUGCUUAUUCCACUCAGAGUUUGCUGGGUAGGUGGCUACCGUUUUAAGUUUAUAAACGAAUGGGACGCCCUGCCCUUAGCCUUCCAACAUGACAAGCUCCCCGCCCAUCUUCCAGACAUCUAAGUAGGGAUAUUUGCAUUUGAUACGCUGAAGGACGACGAGGGAAUGGCGCACGGAAUCGGAAAGUGAGUGGUGGCGCCAGAGCCCGCUCAUCUGCAGUUUGCAGCUAUUCGGCCUGAGCUUGGGUCGCUGUCGAGAAGAUUUUUUGUGGUACAAAGCACUGGUGGCGAAUCGUCGGCGGGUGGGGGACGUGCCCACUUGCCGUUUGUGCUACUGUUGCGAACCUGGUGACUAUUAUAUUCGUCGCAGAAAUAAACUGCUAAGCAUCGCAUUCUAUUGGCUUCUCAUAAGUACAUGAAAAGAAGAGCAUAGAGGAAGAGAAAGUCCGACCAAAAUAGUACACCAGUUGUCACGCGCCUAGUCACCUCUCC